AUGUCUGUGCGUCGCCGAUCGGCUUGUCUCGCUGCCCUGCAUAGCCUAACCUGCUGUGGUCCUGCCUGUACCACCCUGCAGCCUGUGUCUUACUUGAGCCUCGGCAUGACGGUGGGCACGGGUGCGGGGCUGCUUUGGUGGUACAACCAUGAGAAGGAGAAGAAGCUGGAGGAGAUAACGCGGGAGGGCAAGUCGUCGGUGGUGGUGGGCCAGGCAGCAAUAGGCGGCCCCUUUGACUUGAUAGACCACACUGGCAAGCGGUUCACGGACAAAGACUUGCUGGGCCGCUUUGCGCUGCUCUACUUUGGCUUCACCUGGUGCCCAGACAUCUGCCCCGAGGAGCUGGAGAAGAUUGCGGCGGCCACAGACCUGACGGAGAAGCUGAGCGGCGUGCAGGUGGUGCCCGUGUUUCUGUCGGUGGACCCACAGCGUGACGGCGUGGAGCAGGUGCGCGACUAUGUCAAGGAGUUCCACCCACGCAUGAUUGGGCUGACGGGUCCAUACGAGCGGGUGGGGGAGGCGGCCAAGGCGUACCGCGUGUACUUCAGCAAGACGCAGGACAGUGAGGACGACUACCUGGUGGACCACUCCAUCAUCACGUACCUCAUCAACCCAGAGGGCAAGUUUGUGUCCUUCUACGGCAAGAACUUCACGGCGGAAGAGAUGGCCAAGAGCAUUGCCAGCCACGUGCAGCGGUGGGAGGCGGACCACAAGUGA